AUGAACUUAUUUAGCUGUCUAUUUCCAUGUGCACUACAGCACAGUUGGCGGAGUGGUGAAAACCAGCAGUGUAUGUCUGAAAGACUAACACACAGAAUGGGAGUGAAUGCAUCUACAUCUCCUGGGAAUGAUCCCACAAUGGUACCUGCUAACUUAGGCAAUGAUUCCUCAGUUACUGGUUAUAGAGAUACAAUAGGAGUUGUCAGAGAAAGAAAGAAGAAAGUUACUGGUUUUGCCACUUUAAAGAAGAAAUUCAUCAGAAGAAGACGUUCUUCGAAAGCUUGUGAUCAUGGGCGAAUGCUCCGCGAACUGGUGGCUGAUUGGAGUCCUCUGGAAGUAGCUGCUUUAUUAGAAGAAUAUGAAGCCUUAGCGGCUUUGAAAGACUUAUGUGUUCAGGCAGAAUUGGCAAGACCACCUGCUGCAACUUUCAAACAAGAUCUCUCUGCAUUAUAUGAUUUUAAAUACUGUACAGAUGCGGAUUUAGUUUAUCGAGGUGCCUGUUUUCCCAUUCAUAGAGCACUUCUUUCUGCUAGGUGUCCUUACUUUCGUGAUCUGUUAGCAGGAUGUCCCGGAUAUGGCGCUCGUAUCUGUUUGGAGUUAAGAACGGCUACUGUCGAUGUUCAAUUGUUCUCUGCCUUGUUAAGAUAUUUAUAUACUGGUGAUAUUUGCCCACAUAAUACCAAUAUUGAUAUGAAUUUGUUACGAAGACUGAGGGAGGAAUUUGGCACCCCCAAUGCCCUGGAAGCCGAUUUAAGAUAUUUACUUGAGACUGGUGACUAUGCCGAUGCGGCAUUAGUGUUUACAUCAGAUGGUUCAGAUUGCCAACGCCCCGAUUCUGGAAGCUCCGAGUACGGAUUUAGACCUAAAUUAGAAUUACCCUGUCACAAAGCAAUACUUUCGGCAAGGUCCCCUUUUUUUAGAAACUUAUUACAGAGGAGGUCUAAAAGUGGAGAAGACCAUACCGAAAGGGCUCUACAUAUCCCUACUAGGAUUGUUCUGGAUGAAACUGUUAUACCCAAGAGGUAUGCUAGAGUCCUUCUUCAUGCUAUAUAUUUAGACCAAGUAGAUCUGUCCCUAAUUUCUCGUGGUGGUUGUGGUGGUGGCUUAGGUGAAGCUCAAGCUUUGGCUCACACAGGCCGAGCUAGGCCAUCUCCUCUUGAAGAAGCCAUGGAACUGUACCAAAUAGGUCGCUUCUUGGAAUUGGAUAUUUUGUCUCAAGGUUGUGAAGACCUCAUACUGGAGUGGCUGUCACUGGAUACAUUGCCAGUAGUGUUACAAUGGGCGAGACAGCCACAUGGGUCUGCUUGGGUCCACCGACAGGCCUUACAUUUCCUUCGAGAAGAGUUUCAACCUGUCUCACAGUCAUCAGUUUUGCAUCAGUUGGACAAAGUUCAUCUUAUCGAGGUUCUUAGAAGUCCUUUUUUGCAAGCGAGUGAGCUAGAAGUUUUACAUGCUGUACUUAAAUGGGGUGAAAAUGAAUUAGUACGAAGAAUGGAAGAUAGGGAACCUAAUAUUGUUAGUCACACAGCGCAUUCGGUUGCAAGAAAAGGAAUUAAGAAAAGAGAUUUAAGUGAUGUAGAACUUAGAGAGAUAUUGUCCGACUUAUUACCUCUCGUUAGAAUGGAUCAUGUGUUGCCUCCAAAUAGUGAAAUUUUGAAUCACGCAAUUCGUCGAGGAUUAGUAAGUACUCCUCCAAGUCAUAUGAUUGGAGGAGACAGGGAAAAUCUCCGCGUAAAUGCCUGGAUACGUGGUGGUAAAAAUAACGGAUUAUUUAUACAACCAAGACUGUUCAUGCCAUAUUAUGAUGAAGUAAAAGUUUUGGUAGAGGACCAACUUGUUCAAGAAGUAGAAAUUAUGAGGAUGCGUAGGGCCCGCUAUAUGCAAGACAUUCCUGAUACCCUGUAUAUGGUAGAAGAAAAACCUCGACCUCAUGGGGCUGCUGGCGUUGAUGUUCUAGCAUCGGUACUACCUGUGCCAGAUCCGGCUGUUAUGACGGCAAUGCUGAAAAGGGAGCAAAAGCUACGCCAAUCUCCAAGCUGUCAACGUGCUCUUAACAUGCCUUUAUCUUCAAGACAUGAAAUCAACCGCCAGAUUAGACUGCGUGUAGUCCGAGAAUUUAAUUUGCCAGAUCCAGUAGCUGAUAUGUUAGAGAACUGCUUUUGCAUUCCCGAUCAGUGUGACACCGAUUCUCUUCAAAUAUCGCCUAAUAAAGUUGUCGUCGGUUCAUCGCACAGCUGUUACAGUAAAAAUGUUAGUUCCCAAAGGGCUGGAUAUUCACAGCGACAAGAAUUACCUGCAAUAGUACCAGACGGAGAUUUUCGUUUCUCCACAGAACCAGAAAGUAGUUCGUGCAGUGACGGCCAUCUUUCAGAUAUUAUGCCCGACGUGGCCAUGGCUACUGCUACCAUAGGACAGAUACAGUUACAAGAGCAACAAGAAAUGGAGCUGGACUUGGGAGAUGGUAAUCCUCGCAUUCACAGCUCGUUAGGUGGAACUCAACUAAUACCUUCCUUGCAACAUCCUCUGUCUUAUCGGCGGUAUCAACCUUCAACUUAUCCCCACUUAAGAUCUGAUUCUCAGUCUCAGUAUAAUCCACCCAUGCCCAGGUUUCUAUAGUUUUAAGAUUUUUUUUUAACUCUGCUUAUAUUAUUGUAUAUAAAGCUUUUUACCCUUACAAAUUUUUUUCUGGCAUAUUAUGAAAAUACAUGAAAACUUUAAUUGCAUGUACAUAUUAAUCCAAUCGAUGGUCACUGUCUUUCACUUCCGUUUUUUUUUUUACUAAUUUUAUUUAAUGUUGGAGAUUAAAUGAUAGAUUAAGAAGCAUUCAGGUGUAGGUAGUUAUAUUGCCAUUUUGUGUGAUCAUCCACAAAUUCUUUCGUUUCAGUAGUUUGGCCCCCAUGAAAUAGUCCUAGAAAAAUCUCGUAUGGGAAAAAAGAGCACAAUUAAAAAAUAUGUAUUAUUAUUGUUAGUUUUUUUUCUAAAAUGUUAAUGACGUGAAGUGUGUUAUUGUGAUGCAUAUUUUUUAUUUGUCCGAUACUUUUCCCAGGUCGCAAAAUAUUCAAAUAAACAGAAAAAAACUAAAACUUUGUUACAAAUAAAUAACUUUAGACAGUAGCUUAUCCACAAAUUUCCUAAAAUGAAUUAUCAUUUCUUUAUAUCCACUAGCCUUAAAAUUGCUGAAUAUUGUCAAAUAGAAUGCCAUAUGGCAGAUCCUUGAAAAACAUUUAUUUAUUUUUCGUCCUAUUAUAGGAGAUAUGUUUUUUUUUAGCUUAUCACAUUUCA